GUCCUCUGUCGCUGCCACGCGGGGAUGGAACUGGGGGAUGGGACUGGCAGAGGUAGCUGCAAUGAAGUCUCCGCUCAUACGAAGUUUACCCACUGGGCUUUGGGGACCGCGGUCAGUGGCUUAGGCCAAAAGUUGGAUUUAUUCGUUCAUCUCCCAGAAAUCUCAUCUAUGUACUUUCUUCAUUCACUCAUCCCUCAAUUCUACUCUAAGCCGGGGCCCAUUGGACACCAUGAAGCUGCUGCCAGUCUUGGGGCCUGGAGACAAGCCCAGGAAAGCAACAUGGUACACCUUGACCCCCCCUGGAGACAGCCCCUGUGCUCGGGUUGGCCACAGCUGUUCAUAUUUACCCCCAGUUGGUGAUGCCACGAGAGGGAAGGUCUUCAUUGUUGGGGGAGCAGAUCCAAGCAGGAGCUUCUCAGAUGUGCACACCAUGGAUCUGGGAACACACCGGUGGGAUUUAGCCACCUCGGAGGGCCUCCUGCCCCGGUACGAGCAUGCCAGCUUUGUUCCCUCUUGUGCUCCUCAUACCAUCUGGGUGUUUGGAGGUGCUGACCAGUCAGGAAAUCGAAAUUGCCUACAAGUUCUAAAUCCUGAAACCAGGACUUGGACCAUGCCGGAGGUGACCAGCCCCCCGCCAUGCCCAAGAACAUUCCACACAUCAUCUGCAGCCAUUGGAAACCAGCUGUAUGUCUUUGGGGGCGGAGAGAGAGGCGCCCAGCCUGUGCAGGAUGUGAAGCUGCAUGUGUUUGACGCAAACACUCUGACCUGGUCACAGCCAGAGACCCUUGGAAAACCUCCAUCCCCCCGGCAUGGUCAUGUGAUGGUGGCAGCAGAGACAAAGCUCUUCAUCCAUGGAGGCUUGGCAGGGGACAAAUUCUAUGAUGAUCUCCACUGCAUUGAUAUAAAUGAGAUGAAAUGGCAGCAGCUAAGUCCCACAGGGGCAUCUCCCGCAGCCUGUGCUGCCCACUCAGCUGUGGCUGUGGGGAAACACCUGUACAUCUUUGGAGGGAUGACUCCCACAGGAGCACUGGACACAAUGCAUCGGUAUCACAUAGAAAAGCAGCAUUGGACCUUGCUUAAAUUUGAUACUUCUCUCCCCCCUGGACGAUUGGAUCAUUCCAUGUGUGUCAUUCCAUGGCCAGUGAUGUGUACUUCUGAGGAAGAAGAUUCCAAUUCUCUCACUCUGAACUGUGAUGCUGAGAAAGGGGAUUCUGCCAGCAAAGGAGUGACCCAAGGUGGUGACUCACACGAGGAAAGUCAGACUGACACACUGCUUUGUUUUGUGUUCGGCGGGAUGAAUACAGAAGGGGAAAUCUAUAGUGACUGUAUUGUGACUGUAGUUGACUAAUCCCACAUUUUUAUUAAAUGACAACUUUUCAGGGAAAAGUUAAAUGAAACCUUAGCUAUUUUAUACCUCCAAAAUAGUUUCUGCACUAUAUAUCCCUCUAACUCUUACCUAAUUUGGGAGGCGAAGAAAUGGAUAGCCCAGUGCAAAAACCUCUAUUAUAUAAAGGGUUUUACCAGCAAUACAACCUAGGUGGUAAGUGUGAUUGGUCAAGAUACUGAUCACAAAAAUGUUGGAGAAUUAAGUUGUAGAAACCAUAGUGUGGACAUUUACAAGUUGAAGCCUAUCUUUCUAGUAUUCAUCUAGUAGCUGCUCUCCACAAAGAGGUGCAGCCUGUUGGCAUGUGAGAGCCACUGGGGACAGGGAUGAAGACUGGCCCUUGUCUUUCCUAACCACCUGCUAACCCUACAACAUACAGCACUGCAGGUCACUUUUAACCAUUGUAUUGAACUUGGCCUGAACACCCUUGGUAUUAUACUCCAUGCUUGUCCAAAUGCUUCUGGGGCACUGCAGAAGUGUGGGCCUCCAACUAAAAAGUCAUGCCAUCAGGUUCCAGUUCUGACACGUUAGAAAAUUAACCUUUUAGCCCAUUGCCCACCCCAUAAAAUAUCUAUCCUUGGGCAGUAUUGAGUUUCAUAUCAGCACCAGAGAGCCUGCCCUUUUCGAUCAUGUAAAAUCAUUUAUCUAGAUCAUCCUUUUCCCUCAGGAAGCCAAUCCAAGUAAUCUUGAACCUCCCUUGAUACAAAUGACUACCUUUGAUCCACAGUUGUAAUAGGGCUUAAAGUAAUUUCUCACCAUCCUAGACCCCACUCCAGACAACUAGUAAGAAAUUUCAGAGAUGAAGAUUCUGACAUAGUGGGAGUUUAAAAUAUACUUUUAUAAAAAAUAAAAUACUUUAUAUCCUAAAAUUA